GGGGCAGAGCCCAGCGCUCGCCGUGCCCGCCACCAGGCCGGCCGCAGCCCGCCGCCAUCUCCCACCAGCGGCCCCGGCGGGAAAGCAGCGAAACCCCCACUCCUCCGCCCGUCCCGCCCGCGCCUCUCUGGGGGCGGGAUCCCGGGGAGGCUGCGCUCCUCCCGCGCCCCGCCCCGGGGCUUGCAGCCUCCUGACUUCCGGCGGCAGCGCAGCUCCCGCAGGUUCCAUAUCCUUUACCAAGCAGGGGCUGAAAGGUGCAGCCGGGCCGCGCUGCCCAGCUCAGGCCGCGGCCAUGAGUGAGGCUGAGGUGAAUCCUAAAGCUUACCCUCUGGCUGAUGCACAGCUCACCAAAACACUACUGGAUCUUGUGCAGCAGUCCUGCAACUAUAAGCAGCUACGCAAGGGAGCCAAUGAAGCCACAAAGACAUUGAACCGAGGGAUAGCGGAGUUCAUUGUGAUGGCGGCAGACGCAGAGCCCUUGGAGAUCAUCCUGCACCUCCCUCUUCUCUGUGAGGACAAGAAUGUACCUUACGUGUUUGUGCGCUCCAAGCAAGCCCUGGGCCGGGCAUGUGGUGUUUCCCGGCCUGUCAUUGCCUGCUCCAUCACCAUCAAGGAGGGAUCACAGCUAAAGCCUCAGAUCCAGUCUGUCCAGCAAGCUAUAGAAAGACUGUUGGUCUAAAUGCCCAUCAGUAGGUUCUGCUCUCUACCAUGUUUUGUAGUAAAAUACCCGAGGAGACCCAAGCUCAUUGAUACAGUUCACACAAAGGGUAUUUUAGCACAAAACUUGAUAGAGAGCGGAGCUUGCGAUGGCUCACAAGCCCCCUGUAUAUCUCAUGGUUUUAGGGAAGCUGUAGUUACCUGAAUAAAGAAAAACUCUUUUAAGUCAUGGCCAAGGCAACAGAGAGUAAAUAAUUUUUCACAUUUAAAAAAAAACUUGUAUCAAGAAUGUUAGGUAAUCUCAUGGCCUGGAAAGACAAGAAGCACUACCAGCUUUCUGGGUUAAUAGUGGUUUUGCGGAGUUAGCGUUAGUUAAAUGCAUAUUGUAUAAUAAAUCCACUUACUGCUCUCAGCAGAAGAGUCUAAACCGCUGUGUUGGGUUGUGUCACAUCAAACCUUGCGACUCUCCCCACAACUCUGAUCUGGAUACGGCGGUAAAGAAAGGACGGAGAAGUAAAGCAGCAAAAGGAUCAAGCCAUUCAACUCAUCCUCCUUUAUUCAGUUACAGCCAUCCCUUUUAUAGCUGUCCAUACCCCUUUGUUUAUCCCAGGUGAUUCAUGUUCUUAUCCAUCUGUAUGCAAACAUCACCACACAACCAUGACUGUUUUCAGUCAUAUCCAUCCACUGCAACAGUUCUCUACUGUAUUUGACAUGGACAAGCAACCUUUUAUUUAUGGCCUUGUUCUUCUAGCUUACUUUUCUACUCUAUGUGCAUCUGGGCAAUAAAUCAUGGUUAGUCUAUUUGAUUCUUGACAGUUUUACAACUUUGUUAGAUGCUAAGCGUUCCUCUGCCAUCACAUCCUGCUCUGACAGACAGUGCUCAACAUGCAGCAUCCAGUUGCUGUGUUCUCCCGCAUCUCCCCCUUUUUUGUGUCCUCAGAUUGGAGCCAGUAUUCUAUUCCAGGUCUUAUCUCUCUUCUUCCUUUGUGGUGGCAUGAUGCUCCAGAUGAGCCAGAAUAUUAAAAUAAAUAUAAUUAAUGCAACAAAAGCAGCACUGACAAAAAUCCAGAUUCUCAAAUUGAGACCCUCAAGCCAGUUCUUUGGAUUGAGCCAUUUUAUGUCAACAACUGAGCCACCAAGUGCUCAGGUAAUUGUUUCAUCUGAGUAACUACUACACAAGCAAGAUCAGUAACCUCUUCAAUAUUUGCAGUGAAGGCUCCUUGUAAAUGAUGUUUUACUUCAUCCUAUGAAUGUUGGGAUUCAUUCCAAGGGACAGGUUAUCAUGUACUCAGUGCUCCCAGUCACACUGCAGUUGCAGUCGAUGAGAAAUAGCAUUUUGCCUAUCAGCUAACCAUAGCAGCAGCUUCUAAUACAUCUAAACAACCUCAUUGAAAAUUGACAUUUGCUCUAAUGUUACCUGUCAUAUCUGUUAAUAUGAUUGACACCUCUUUUUCUAUUUUUAUAAAUUCUGCCAAGGCUGUAGUGGCCACUGCUGCAGUGACACCAAUGACAAUUGCUGAUACUGUAAAUGCAAUUAAUAAAACAAUAAAAUGUCAUUUUCUGGUGAGACUAUAACCC